CUUUUGAAGUUUGGCCUCGUGUAGACAAGCCUAAGCGGAUCCGUCAUCCUUUUCAAAACGGAUUGAGAGUGGCGAGUUUUGUACAAACAUAAAACGGUUCUUGUGCAUAAAUAACCCAACACUCAUGUGUACUCACAUACUUACAUACACUAGGAUGUAGUUAUUGAAUUUUCUUCAUACAAAAUGGGCCUUUUGCAUUCAGACAUUAAAUGAWAAUACAAUUAGAUUUUGUAUGCAUUUGAAAUGCAUAAAAACUUAAAGUGAAAACACAACUACUAGAAAGCGCAAAUUCCAUAAAAAUUAGUUUUGAACUAAUUUUCCGUUAACGCUAAUGAAAGUGGAUUUAGUCCGUCGCAAGCUUAAGGCAUAACACUAUUUCAAUAGAUUUGGCAGGAUGCAUCUGCAUUUCGAACCGAGUGUGAAUACAAAAUGUGAUUGCACAAUACUGUCGCUCUCAUGGAUGGGUAAAGUUCCUGAUGAUAUUCCAGAGGACGAGGGCUGGAAACUGAAUCGAACAAACUAUUACCAAGAAGGAUGGCUGGCUACCGGUAAUAUUCGCGGCAUUGUCGGCGUGACAUUUACAACCUCACAUUGUCGCAGAAAUUUGGAUUUUCCGACGCGUACCAAUUACAAUCUGCGUGGGCAUCGAUCCGAUGUGAUUUUGGUGAAAUGGAAUGAACCAUAUCAGAAAUUGGCUUCGUGUGAUAGUUCCGGUAUCAUAUUUGUGUGGAUCAAAUAUGAAGGCCGUUGGUCCAUCGAACUGAUUAACGAUCGCAAUACGCCGGUUACGUACUUCUCCUGGUCGCACGAUGGACGUAUGGCACUAAUUUGCUAUCAGGACGGUUUUGUGCUUGUAGGCUCGGUAGCCGGUCAGCGUUAUUGGUCAUCAAUGUUGAAUCUGGAGUCGACCAUUACAUGCGGUCUUUGGACACCAGACGAUCAGCAAGUAUAUUUUGGCACCACACAUGGCCAGAUCAUCGUUAUGGACGUGCAUGGAGCGAUGGUGUCGCAAGUGCAGCUCGCCAAUGAUGUUGGCAUAACAGCAAUGGCGUGGUCAUGUGAAAAGUUCAAAAUGGAGGAGGGUGAAGAAUCCGAGCCAGGUGUUACCAAUGCUUCUAAACGUUCUUUUGUAUUGGCUGUUAGCUUUCAAAAUGGCUUUAUAUACUUAAUAAAGUCUUACGAUGACGUAUCGCCUGCACAUAUCAACACAGGGCUUAGCGGCAGCAUAGGCAUGGCAAUGGAAUGGAGUAAUUCGCGUGAAUUGCUCGCUGUUGCUGGCACUGCGCAGACUUCGUUGAACACGUUUGACCAACAAGGGGCGCCGAUUUAUGAAAAUAUAUUGAAAUUUUACACCGAAUCUGGCAAAAUACUGUACCAAACACGCUUACCGAAUACCUCCGCCACGGUGUCCGCCCUUACAUGGGGUCACAACGACAAGCGUCUGUUCAUUGCGACUGGCACCCAAGUGCACAUUGCGUGGGUCUCCAGGCGUAUAGCAUCACUCCAAAUGUUAUGUCGCCUACAAAUACAGGCAAGCAUUGGCUCAGAGCGAUCGUUGCCCUUGCUACCGUUGCCGUCACGAAUUAGGAGUCUGAUUGGCAAUCUUUUUGCUCAAACAAUAAGAUGCUGUGUACCUGAUCUUAAAUCCGUACGUGAGUUUGUCUCCCGGCCACCAAUGUGUUCGACACGCUUGCACUGCACCAUGAUACGACACGACGAGGAUCCGACCCAAAAUACAGGCAUUUGCUACACACUCUAUUUGGAGUAUUUAGGUGGCCUUGUGCCGCUACUCAAGGGUAAACGCACCUCGAAAAUACGUCCAGAGUUCGUGAUAUUUGAUCCGCAAGCGAAUGAUUCCCCGGUUUUCAUGCAAUACUCACCAGAAUGGAAAAGCUCUUCCGGCUCGAGCCAAUCUACAACUACCGGACAAAGCGGCAGAACGGAUUCUUCCGAUAGUGAGUUUGAAGAACGUUACCGUAGCUCUCCACGUCCAAUACGCCAUCGCAAAUUGCGACAGAAAAAGCGAAAUCAGAGCAAUGGAGAAAAAUAUUCCGUGAACACCAAUAUUGAUCCCGAUAGCUUGGAUGAACUCGCUUACGUUGAUACACUUCCUGAGGAAGAAAAACUGGUUGAGGUUACCUCAAAUAUUUGGGGUACCAAAUUUAAAAUUCAUGGACUUGCCAAAACCGUCCCAGCCAAUUUAGGCCAAAUAACGUAUAAAACGUCCCUAUUGCAUCUGCAGCCAAGGCAAAUGACACUAGUUAUAACAGAACUGCGUGACGACUUUCCUUCGGGUCCGGAUCCAACUUUUAAUCCGAACAUUUUUUCCGAAGACGAAGAUGAUGCUGCUCUACACAAUGGCAGUAAAAGCAAUGGCAAUACAUACAACUUGCUGACAAAUGCCGAGAGCCAAAUGAGAGCUACAUCAACAGCGGCAGCCCCACAUCGUCGCCUUAACGAGUUAUCCCCACCUAUUGCACCAAUGUCACCWCGACCUAACCAUCUAUUGGCGCGACACAAAAACGCACUUAAUAACAAUGGAAUACAGUGUGCGAUAGGCAGCACUGGCUUAAGUCCAUUGGCUAAAGCCGAAUCUUAUGAUGAUGAUUCGUCAAAUGAAUCACAGGAGGUAAAUGGUUAUCACAAUGGCGCCAGAGUCAACYUACCGACCGGCAAUUUACUUCACACCACAAACGGAUCAAAUAAUAACAAAAUGGUGCGUCCGAAGAAUAUUACUGCCACUACACCGGGUAUACGUAGCAGCCUAGGACCUGGCUAUAGUAGCUUCAAAAACAACUACAGUCGUUCUAGUUCGAACUCGAGCUCACAGUCCCGCCACGCUAUAUCGCCACUGUACUGUGAUGGUUCGGUUCCAACGUUACAAUCACCGAAAAAUGCCGUCGCACCAACGGAUAUAAUAUUCGAACGUCCCGCUGUUUCGAGCAAUGGUCAAACCACGGUUAUGUCCUACUCCAGCAAUACGGAUUACGCUAACAAUGUUGUGCAAGUGAAGAAUGUUUUGCUGCCCGAAAUGAUUCGGUCUACAAAUAGUCAUGUCAACCCAGUACCUUUAAAUCUUAAUUUGAACCUUGAACGUAUGGAUGCAAGACUCAAAACAGCAGCGUGUAGCAGUAAUUUCACAGCAAAUAAUAAUCCCGUUAACAAUAACAACACAAAACGUCGAGAUAUUUCGUAUAUAGAUGAAGAAGUUCAAUCGCCCACCCAGCAAGCUUUGAUAACUUUCACUCCCGUCUCUACGCCCGUCGAAGUUCGGAUGAAGCGCACAACAACGGUAGUGUCCAUCGCGCCUGCUCUACCCGAUUCGAUUACCAGAAGUUGUAGUGUUGGUUAUUUGGACUCGGAUGCUAUUACACCGUCCGACGAAGCCUUAAUGGCGCUGCGAAGAGACGCACCCACCAAACGUUUGAUAUUAGUAGACAAACGUAAGACUAGAAAAAAACGUCAAAAUAAUGAGGACUCCCGCAAACCAAAGUUGGAAAGAUCGGGAAAAUCAAAAAGUCUGGAUUCCUGCGAAUUAGUCUUCAGUCAAACAAAAUUAAGCAGCAAAGAACCCGAAAAAGCACCACGAAAACUUCAAGAAAUCGCUGAAGGUAAAACAAGCGGCACCGACACCAAUGAACCGACAAAAUGUUUUAAAUGUCACARAAGCGUUAGUCCCAACGAACAAUGUAAACAUUGCCAGCCAGUCCAAACUGCAAUCGACGAGCAACCAAAGAAGGAAGAGAAAAUACGUAUAGUGUCCACCCCGCAGAAGAAGGACUUCACAGCCAACACGCAUAUUUAUGAAAGUUUAUAUAAGAGUCAGGAACAGCAAAAACAAAGUCAACGUAAAACGGGCGGAACACCGAGAAAGAAAAAGUUGGACGUAAUCACUAGCUUCACCGACAGUCCACUAUUCACGCGAAAGCAUCGUUUUGGCAUCAGAAGUCGCAGCAAAGAAACUGGUAGUAGCAGUGAAACGAACACCGAAAGCACCACACCGUUGCUGGGUCGUAAAAAUGAUAAUGGAUUUAACUUCGUUAAACAAUUAACCGAGGUACGCUGGCGACGUAGAGAGACCCAAAAUAAUGUGACUACUGUAAAAAAUCAACGCGAUUACUUGGGACACACACAAUGCCCAAGCACGAAUGGGAAUGCCAUUGAGGCCACGCCGGUGGAAACUAAAGCUUCUGUCUCUUUACAAGCGCAGGCACUUACAACGUUAGAGAACAUAAUCAGCCGUUUACGAGACCUCGACGAGGGACGUCUCACACCGCCCGCCACACCAAAACGCCUACCACGAAGCUCGCCAGCAUCGCCAGCCGUUAGUAAAAAGAACAAACGUCAGAGUAGUUCGCCCAUUCGGCACUUUUUGAAUUCACCUCUGCUAAAUAGGCGCUAUCGCAAAAAACAAUGCCUCAUAGAAAGUUCAGAUGACGAAGGCAACGGUACAAAUGGGUCAGGCGAAGAAAACGGUGGUGCCAGUUACAAUAGGCAAUAUCGUGAUUUGGAAACAUUCCAAAAGGCACAGCUACUACAAAAGCUAAAACGUGGUAAAAUAGAGCCGAAUGGUUCUUCGAGCUACUCAAGUCCAGCUCCAGUUCGACGAGAAUUCGUGAUGCACAACAAGGCGCCAAUGUGGAAUGAGCUUAGUCAGGUGUAUCAGCUGGAUUUUGGUGGACGUGUCACACAAGAGUCAGCCAAAAAUUUUCAAAUUGAAUUCCGUGGCAAGCAGGUAAUGCAAUUCGGACGGAUCGAUGGCAAUGCAUACACAUUGGAUUUUCAAUAUCCAUUUUCGGCAUUACAAGCGUUCGCUGUUGCGCUCGCCAAUGUUACACAACGGUUGAAAUAAAUAUAUAACAUAUGUACAUACA